CUUUCGCAGCGAUCGCGUGCGGCUGGGCUCUGGUCUCUCUGCUGUCCGUUGCCGUCUUUCGGUUCUGUCUUUCUUUACACGGCUCUACGCCCCCCCACCCACUGCGUCCCGCUCUGACACACACGCGCGCGCGCGCGUCGCUGCCCACUCUCUUGCUCUUGCUGUGUUGUUCCAGUGUUGCGUCGCGUUUUGCGUUGUUUUCGUUGUUUCAUUUUACUUUUUUUCACAUACAUUUUUUGCAAGCCAAUGCCAGGCACGGGACGCGUCAAACGCCAGCAGCUGCAGCAACUGAGACAAAAGCGCAAAAACCUAGUCAGUGCAACUUGCAACUUGCAACGUGCAACGCGCGUGCGUCUAAUGCCCAAGCGGACGACGUCACAUGUCGUGUAAGAUGUCUGUGUGCGCUCUCACACAAUCGCAACCGCCACCGCCAGCGCCACGCACCACCACUCACGAGCCAAAUCCAAGUCCAAAUACAACAGCACCCAGCACACCGCCCACUCCGCCCACGCCGCCACCCUCGCCGCAGGUGCGCAUCUACGAGGACUUUGACAGAAUGAGCGCCAAGGAGGUCUACUACAACGAGGCGGGCAAGAAGGUCACCGUCAAGCUGCUCCACUUCCCCGACGUCCUGCCCGAGGACAUAGCCAAGCUGCGCUUCGACGACGACGAUGCCGACGCGGAUGUGGACGAGGAUGUCACGCCCGCCGCCAAAUCGCACAGCGGCGAGAGCGAGAGCGAGACAGUCAACGCCAAUGCCAACGCCAGCAGCAGCGGCGGCGGCAGCAAGAAAAUCUUUCGCCGCAAACUCUCCGGCAACAAUAUGCAGGCACGCAAGUGUAGUCUGGCCUUUGCCCAGGCGCACGGCAUCAAGCAGCGCGCCGAGAAGAAACUAUCGAUGCCCACCAUCAGCAUUACGGCCAAUGCGGGUGAGCACGUGAGCCUCUCCACUGGCCGCAAGCUCUCGCAGCAGCACUCGCCGCUGAUGAUGAUGAUGACUGCGCCGCCGCGUCGCUCGCACUCGCCGCUCGGCCAGAGCCUCUGUCCGGGCUACAUCCAGUACUCCAAGUCGCUGCUGGAGGUGCCCAUGCCCCGGGACUAUGGCUAUGCCAGCAGCGAUGACCUCAGCUCCGAAUGGGACUCGGACGUGUCCACAUCGGCGACCGGUUCGGCUGCAGAAAUUGGUGGCGCCGCUGGCAGUCCCAAUGCUGCCACAAGCGGCACCAAGAAGAGUUCCGGCUGGCGCAAGAUACGCAACAUUGUACAAUGGACGCCAUUCUUUCAGACAUACAAGAAGCAGCGUUACCCAUGGGUGCAGCUGGCCGGACACCAGGGCAACUUCAAGGCCGGUCCCGAGCCGGGCACCGUGCUGAAGAAGCUCUGUCCCAAGGAGGAGGAAUGCUUCCAGGUGCUCAUGCAGGACGUGCUGCGUCCCUAUGUGCCCGUCUACAAGGGUCAAGUGACCAGCGAGGAUGGCGAACUCUAUUUACAGCUGCAGGAUCUGCUGAGCGACUAUGUGCAGCCUUGCGUCAUGGACUGCAAGGUGGGCGUGCGCACCUAUCUGGAGGAAGAGUUGUCCAAGGCCAAGGAGAAGCCCAAGCUGCGCAAGGACAUGUACGACAAGAUGAUACAAAUUGAUGCGCAGGCGCCCAAUGCUGAGGAGCAUGCCGCCAAGGCGGUGACCAAGCCACGCUACAUGGUCUGGCGUGAGACAAUCUCGAGCACAGCCACGCUGGGAUUUCGUAUUGAGGGCAUUAAAAAGAGCGACGGCACUAGUUCCAAAGAUUUCAAGACGACCAAGUCACGCGAACAAAUCAAAUUGGCCUUUAGCGAGUUCCUCAGCGGUCAUCCACAUAUUCUGCCACGUUAUAUACAACGCCUGCGUGCCAUUCGUGGCACCCUGGACGUCUCCGAGUUUUUCCAGACACACGAGGUAAUCGGGAGCUCGCUGCUCUUUGUCCACGAUCAUACGCAUGCCAGCGUUUGGCUUAUAGACUUUGCCAAGACGGUGGCACUGCCUCCGGAGCACAAUAUCGAUCACUACUCGGCCUGGAAGGUGGGCAAUCAUGAGGAUGGCUAUUUGAUUGGCAUCAACAAUCUCAUUGACAUAUUUGUCGAGCUGCAGGCGGCUUUUGAGGCGGAGUCGGCAAAUGAAACUGCCUCGGCUUCUGGCUCGACUUCUGGCUCUGGUUCUGGUUCCGGUUCUGCUUCGCCCAUACCCAUGCCUGCUAUGAGUCAGCAGGACCAACAGGACCAGCAAGAGAUCAGCAAAAUGUGAAGGAAUAAACUUUCUCACUUACGGACCCACACCCACACACACACACACACGCAUAUAUACA